ACCAGAGAUUACAUCUGCCAACAACGACUCCGCGAACACACCUCGAGCGCCCGCGGAUGAUGGCGGAUGUAGUACGUUAAGGGGAGAGCAAUCCGCGAACGAGACAACAUGGCGCAACCGGCGCUCGAAUCAGCACUGAACCGCAUUGUCGCGGAUUUACGUUCAAGAAGUAGCGAUGACACACGAAAACGAGCCGCACUUGAGCUGCGCGAAUUGGUGGUAAUUACACAUAGAGAUUUCUCUCAAGAACGAUUCCUGGAGUUUUAUGGGACGGUUAAUACGAAGAUAAAUCAACUUAUUCACGCGAGUGAUCCGGCGGAUAAGUUGGGUGCGAUACAUGUUCUGGAUGCUCUCAUAGAUUUCGAUGGUAUCGAUCAGGCGAGCAAGACUACACGUUUCCUGCAGUCCUUCAGACAGAUUCUCAAAGGGAAGGAUUUGGUUCCUAUGCAAGCUGCCGCUGUUGGAUUGGGGAAACUAUGCAGACCAGGAGGUUCACUCAUCUCGGAAUUGGUGGAGUCGGAAGUUAAGACUUCGCUGGAAUGGCUACAGUCCGACCGUGUUGAAGAGAGGCGGUAUGCUGCAGUCUUGGAGCUGAGAGAGCUGGCGCGAAAUGCUCCUACGCUGAUGUAUGCCUUCGUCGGCCUGGUUUUCGAUCAGAUAUGGGUUGGACUGCGAGACCAGAGGCUGUUGAUUAGGCAGACGGCUGCGGAAGCUAUCAAUGCCUGUUUCCAGAUUAUUAGGGAGAGAGACCAGGCGAUGCGACAGACAUGGCAGACGAAGAUAUACGAUGAAGCUGUUCAGGGCGUCAGACAGGGCUCGGUGGAAUACAUCCACGGAUCACUGUUGGUUAUCAAAGAGCUUCUGCAACAGGGAGGCAUGUUCAUGCAUGAACACUACCAGGAAGUUUGCGAUAUUGUCUUUAGACACAAGGAUCAUAGGGAUCUGCAGAUUCGACGCACAGUUGUUCUGCUGAUUCCUGAACUGGCGAACUACUCACCGACAGAGUUUGCACAGGGAUAUCUGCACAAGUUCAUGGUAUUUUUGUCUGGGAUGCUUAAGAAAGACAAAGAUAGGAACGAUGCAUUCUUGGCCAUUGGAAACAUCGCAAAUGCGGUCAAAAGCGCUAUUGCACCGUACCUGGAUGGAGUUCUGAUCUAUGUUCGAGAGGGAUUGAGCAUCAAGUCAAGAAGAAGCGGCACGGUUGAUCCCGUUUUCGAUUGCAUCAGUCGGUUGGCAGUAGCUGUUGGACAAACACUGAGCAAAUACAUGGAGGCUCUCCUUGACCCCAUAUUCGCUUGCGAACUCACACCGAAGCUCACGCAGGCACUGGUGGAUAUGGCUUUCUACAUUCCUCCCGUUAAGCCUACUAUUCAGGAGCGAUUACUCGAUAUGCUUAGCAAAGUCCUUUGCGGAGAGCCUUUCAAGCCUCUAGGAGCUCCAACACCAAACAGCAUCUCUGCAGCUCCUGUAGUGCCAAAGGACUCGAAAGACCCUCUAGCAUAUGAGCAUCGCCAAACCGAGAUUAAGCUUGCUUUGAAUACAUUGGGCAGCUUUGAUUUCUCGGGUCAUGUGCUCAAUGAAUUCGUUCGAGAUGUUGCUAUCAAGUAUGUUGAGGACGAGGAUCCAGAUAUCAGAGAAGCAGCAGCCUUGACUUGUUGUCAACUCUAUGUCAGAGAUCCGAUUGUCAACCAGACUAGCUAUCACGCUAUUCAGGUUGUCAGCGAGGUCAUUGAGAAGCUACUGACCGUCGGAGUCGCAGAUCCAGAUCCAGCCAUUCGAAGAACUGUACUGGCUGCCCUGGAUGAGCGCUUUGAUCGCCACUUAGCAAAGGCCGAGAACAUUCGUACUUUGUUCUUUGCUCUUAAUGAUGAGGUCUUUAGUAUCAGAGAAGUUGCUAUUACGAUUAUUGGUCGUCUCACACACGUCAAUCCCGCCUAUGUUAUUCCUUCGCUGCGAAAGGUCCUCAUUCAGAUGCUCACCGAGCUCGAAUUCUCCGAUGUGGCAAGGAAUAAGGAAGAAAGCGCCAAGCUGCUGAGUCUUCUCGUCCAGAACUCGCAAAGAUUGAUCAAGCCAUAUGUGGAUCCUAUGAUCUCAGUACUCUUGCCCAAGGCUCGAGAUCCUAAUGCAGCUGUAUCGGCGACGAUUCUGAAAGCUAUUGGAGAUCUUGCAACAGUUGGUGGAGAGGACAUGCUACCGUAUAAUGAUAAGCUCAUGCCUAUCAUCAUCGAGGCCCUCCAGGACCAAAGCUCUGUAGCGAAGCGUGAAGCUGCAUUGCGUACUCUCGGACAACUCGCGAGCAAUUCUGGCUAUGUUAUCAAACCGUACUUGGAUUAUCCGGAGUUACUGGAGAUUCUCCAAAACAUUAUCAGAACAGAACCUUCUCGAGGUCCUCUACGACAAGAAACGAUCAAGCUCAUGGGUAUUCUUGGUGCCUUGGAUCCUUACAAAUACCAACAGGUUGAAGAAAGGUCGCCAGAGUCACAAUUGCGGCUUGAAUCCACACAGAUGACCGAUAUCUCUCUUAUGAUGACAGGACUUACCCCAUCUAAUAAGGAGUACUUCCCAACUGUCGUCAUUAAUGCUCUACUACAAAUCUUGAAAGAUCCUUCCCUCGCAAAUCACCAUGCACUUGUGGUAGAGGCUAUCAUGAACAUAUUCCGAACCCUACAACUAGAAUGUGUGCCUUUCCUCGACAAAGUUGUGCCUGCCUUCAUCGCUGUCAUUCGAACAGCACCUGCGAAGGCCCUAGACUCGUAUUUCAGCCAAUUGAGCAUCUUGGUCACUAUCGUCAGGCAACAUAUCCGAAACUUCUUGCCAGACAUUGUCACUGUUUUGCAAGAGUACUGGAAUCAUCCAAAUCUCCAGCUCAAUAUUAUGUCUUUGGUGGAGGCAAUCUCGAAAUCCCUGGAAGGCGAAUUCAAAAUCUACCUCGCAGGUAUCUUGCCUCUGAUGCUUGGUGUUCUUGAGAAAGACACUUCUCCAAGAAGACAUGCUUCCGAAAGAGUUCUCCACGCUUUCCUCGUAUUUGGCCAGAGUGCUGAGGAGUACAUGCACUUGAUCAUCCCGGUCAUUGUGAAUGUGUUCGAGAAGCCUUCACAUCCAUCCUUCAUCCGCAAGUCGGCAAUUGAUACAAUUGGACGAAUCUCUCGGCAGGUCAACCUGAACGACUAUGCCUCAAAGAUCAUCCACCCUCUCGCGAGAGUUUUGGCUGGUAACGAUGUCUCUUUAAGAAUGUCAGCCCUCGAUUGCUUGUGCGCCCUCAUCUUCCAACUUGGCAAGGACUACUUACAUUUUGCUGGCACCAUCAACAAAGUGCUCGCAGUUACUCAAAUCCAGCACCAAAAUUACGAACUGUUGGUUAGCAAGCUCCAGAAGGGUGAAGUCUUACCCCAGGAUCUUAAUGCGGAUGACCGCUUUCGUCACACGAUGGAUGAUGGUGCCUUGACGGAAGUUCAAAACAAGAAAUUGGACGCGAAUCCCGUCCAUCUGAAGGCGGCUUGGGAUGCUACUGGCAAGUCGACGAAAGAAGAUUGGCAAGAAUGGAUGCGUAGAUUUAGCAUCACUGUUUUGACGGAAUCCCCAAACCAGGCAUUGAGAGCCUGCGCAGCGCUUGCCUCCAACUAUCCUCCUCUGGCACGAGAACUAUUCAAUUCUGCCUUUGUUUCGUGUUGGGGAGAUUUGUUUGAGCCCUAUCAGGACGAUCUCAUCCAAAAUAUCGAGCUAGCUAUUCGCUCGCCGCACGUUACGCCUGAUCUACUUGGUGUCUUGCUCAAUCUGGCAGAAUUCAUGGAACAUGAUGACAAAGCUCUGCCAAUUGACAUUCGUGUUCUCGGUCGUGAGGCCGGCAGAUGCCACGCUUGGGCAAAAGCAUUGCAUUAUAAGGAGUUAGAGUUCCUUCAAGAUCAGUCCAGUGGUGCUGUUGAAGCUUUGAUCCAGAUCAACAACCAAUUGCAGCAAUAUGAUGCCGCUAUUGGUAUCCUUCGAAAAGCUCAAUUAUACAAGGACGGGAUCCAGCUUCGAGAGACGUGGUUCGAGAAACUUGAACGAUGGGAAGAAGCACUCGAAUUCUAUCAGAAGCGAGAGCAAGAGUUCCCUGAUCAAGCUGAGACAUUCGAUGUCAUCAUGGGUAAAAUGAGAUGUUUGCACGCUCUAGGAGAGUGGGAAUCACUGUCUGCACUGGCUCAAGACAAGUGGCAUACGUCAACACUUGAAAUCAAGAGAGCCGUUGCUCCACUUGCCACAGCUGCAGCCUGGGGCUUGGAACAAUGGGACCAGAUGGAUGAUUACCUCAACGUCAUGAAGACCAACACUCCGGAUAGAUCCUUCUUCGGUGCGAUUCUUGCCCUUCACCGCAACCAAUUCCGAGAAGCUGCCAUGUACAUUCAAAAAGUUCGAGAGGGCUUGGACACUGAGUUGAGCGCCCUGGUCAGCGAAUCUUACAAUCGUGCAUACACCGUCGUGGUUCGUGUCCAGAUGCUGGCUGAGUUGGAAGAACUUAUCGUCUACAAGCAAAGCAACAAUAACCCGGCUAAACAGGAGACGUUCCGUGCGACAUGGGAGAAACGUCUCCUUGGAUGCCAGAGGAACGUAGAUGUCUGGCAGAGACUGCUUAGACUACGUGCAUUGGUCAUUACGCCGUCUGAAAAUAUGCAGAUGAUGAUCAAGUUCUCGAAUCUCUGUCGAAAGUCUGGACGUCUGGGUCUUGCAGAGACUCAUCUCAAGAUGUUGAUUGGAACCGACGAUAGUCUGGACAAGCUACUUCCAUAUAUCGGCCAUGCGAACAAUCCUAGUACUGAAAUGGCACGACCUGUGAUGAAGAAUGUUCCACCUCCAGUUCAGUACGCGGUCCUCAAGUACCACUGGGCAGCUGGAAAGCAAGAUCAAGCUUUGGAUGCAUUGAAGUCCUUUACGACUGAGCUCGCUGACAGACUUGAAGCUCUUCAAGCAGCGGCUCAGGGGGUGAACGGUGCUGCUGAUAUGCAUAGUCUCAAUGGCGGAAUGGCAAAUAUGGCACUCAGUCCUAACGGUUUUGUCAACGGAAAUAUGGGUCAACCUCCAAUGAAUCCAACUCUAACCGCAAAGCAUCUAUCUGAUCACACAAAACUUCUUGCUCGCUGCUGUCUCAAGCAGGGUGAGUGGCAAGUUGCCCAAAAGAAAGGGGACUGGAAGCAUGAUCACGUCCAUGACAUUUUGCAGUCAUACAGGGCGGCCACUCACUUCAACCCUACCUGGUACAAGGCUUGGCACGCUUGGGCUCUCGCAAAUUUCGAGAUUGUUCAGGCUCUUGGUCACCGACCUGAACGCGAUCGUGACUUGGUCGUUCCGCCAAACGUGCUUAUCGAUUACGUUGUCCCUGCUGUUCGUGGUUUCUUCAAAUCAAUUGCGCUGUCCCAAGGGAGCUCACUUCAAGAUACCUUACGACUUCUCACACUGUGGUUCGCUCAUGGCGGAAGUCCUGAAGUCAAUACAGCUGUCACUGAGGGCUUUGCUUCCGUCAGCGUUGAUACAUGGCUAGAAGUCAUUCCCCAGCUUAUUGCCAGAAUCAAUCAACCAAAUACCCGAGUUCGACAGUCCAUCCACAACCUUCUCGCUGAUGUCGGAAGAGCUCAUCCACAAGCGCUUGUCUACCCUCUGACUGUAGCAAUGAAAUCAGCACCAAACACUCGACGAUCAAGAUCAGCUAUGCAGAUCAUGGAUAGCAUGCGACAACAUAGUGCAAGACUCGUUGAGCAAGCUGAUAUUGUCAGUCACGAGCUCAUUCGCGUUGCUGUACUUUGGCAUGAGCUCUGGCAUGAAGGUCUGGAAGAGGCUUCAAGACUCUACUUCGGCGAUCGCAACAUUGAAGGCAUGUUCGCUACAUUGGCACCUCUACACGACAUGCUCGACCAAGGACCAGAGACAUUGCGUGAGAUCUCCUUUGCUCAAACAUUUGGUCGUGACCUUCAAGAAGCACGAGAGUGGUGCUAUACCUACAGACAGUCUGGCGAUGUCGGAGACAUCAAUCAAGCUUGGGAUUUAUACUACCAGGUAUUCAGGAGAAUUGCUCGUCAACUUCCACAGCUCAAUAACCUCGAAUUGGCAUAUGUUUCACCAAAACUUCUCCAUGCCCGCGACCUUGACCUGGCCGUUCCUGGUACUUAUUCCAGUGGCAAGCCUGUCAUUCGCAUCCUCAAUUUCGAUACCAACUUCACUGUCAUUUCAUCGAAACAGCGUCCAAGAAAACUCAGCUUGCAAGGAAGCGAUGGUGUGGCGUAUUCCUUCCUUCUCAAGGGUCACGAGGAUAUUCGUCAAGAUGAGCGUGUCAUGCAACUCUUCGGCCUCUGCAACACUCUAAUGAUCAACGACACCGAGUCGUACAAGCGCCACUUGAAUAUUCAACGAUUCCCAGCCAUUCCAUUAUCUCAGAACUCUGGCCUCAUUGGUUGGGUACCAAACAGCGAUACUUUACACGUCUUGAUUCGAGAGUAUAGAGAAAGUCGAAAAAUUCUUCUGAACAUUGAGCAUCGCAUCAUGCUUCAGAUGGCGCCUGACUACGAUAAUCUCACCCUCAUGCAAAAGGUCGAAGUCUUUGGCUAUGCUCUUGAUAACACUACUGGUCAAGAUCUUUACAGAGUCCUAUGGCUAAAGAGCAAGAGUUCCGAGUCUUGGCUUGAGCGACGUACCAACUACACUCGCUCUCUGGGUGUCAUGUCGAUGGUCGGAUACAUUCUCGGUCUCGGUGACAGACAUCCUUCCAACUUGAUGCUUGACAGAAUUACUGGCAAGAUCUUCCACGUGGAUUUCGGUGAUUGUUUCGAAGUCGCUAUGCAUCGUGAGAAGUAUCCUGAGAGGGUGCCUUUCCGAUUGACUCGCAUGUUGACAUACGCCAUGGAAGUCAGCAAUAUAGAAGGUAGCUUCAGGAUUACUUGCGAGAAUGUCAUGAGAAUUCUCCGCGACAACAAGGAGUCCCUGAUGGCUGUCCUUGAAGCUUUCAUUCAUGAUCCUCUCCUGAAUUGGCGUCUUACUGGCGAUACCUCUCCAGCCGGCCCUAACUUCCGAUCCGAACGUCGCGAUUCUCUUAUGGCUGCACAAGCUCGUCGACCUUCAAUUAUGGACGCUGAAAUUCCACCAUCGGCUCUUAUGGUACAAGAUCCUGGUGCUCUUCCUGGAGGACCACCCUCAUCUAGACCUCGUGCAAGAACCAAUUCGACAACCCAGGGUCCUAAUGCGAAUGAUGCCGACAUGCAGGAGACCCAGAAUGAGCGUGCCAUGCAAGUCUUGAACAGAGUCAAGGACAAGCUUACAGGUCACGACUUCAAGCCAGAUGAAGAGUUGACGUACAUCAUUCAGGUCGAUAAGCUACUGAUCGAGGCGACAAAGCUGGAAAAUCUCUGCCAGCAUUACAUUGGUUGGUGCAGUUUCUGGUAAGAGAGACUAGAGGACAGAAGGUACAGAACAUGUGGGAGUUUUGUUUCACGACAAUGGCUGGGAGGCGUUUUGAGCGUUUCAUCUCGAUUUUCAACGGAUCAUAGGUGAUCUGCUUAUGGGUUAGGGGCAGGAAUUGUAUCACAUAUGUACAUGUAAGCCGGGAGCUUGGCUGCGCAUUUCAUCUGGAGCGGGCGUUGGACGGUUAGUUAGCGAUGAAAUUUAACUUCACAUAAAAAUCAUUCUUUCGUCUUCAGGCGGCAGUUUGGUGGUGGCAUUGUCCGAGCUGUAGAUUGACAUGUGCU